AUGCCCUUUGAAAACGGGUUGGUCAUUUUUCUACCUCAGCUGAGUAUCAAAGGUGGUGCAGAACUCUUGUUCGAUGGUGUCAAAAAGCAUCAAGUGACUUUGCCCUGUCAACCAGAGCCUUGGGAUAUCAGAAACCUGCUAAAGUGGAUCAAAGAGAAUCUGUUGAAAGAACGACCAGAAUUAUUUAUGCAAGGGGAGUCUGUGAGGCCAGGAAUUUUGGUGCUCAUCAACGACGCAGAUUGGGAACUAAUGGGUGAGCUGGAUUAUAAACUCCAGGACCAGGAUAACGUGCUUUUCAUCUCGACAUUGCACGGUGGGUGAACUCCUGGAAAAACAAGAGGAUGUAAAUCCAAAUCCCUGGGCAAAAAACCCAAACAAAAACCUAAACCCACCCAAAACUCUCUUGAACUGCCUGUGCCCGGUCUCUGCAUCUUCCCACCGCGUUCGCUUGUUACUAGCCAUCCAAAUAAAGCCCUGCCAGCACACGGCCUGCUGUCCACCACAACA